AUGUUCUUCUUCGGCCUUGGAGGCCUGUUCUAUGUCUCCAUCUUGCUGGUCAACGCUAUAGCUAUCCUGUCCGAAGAUCGUUUUCUUGCCAGAAUCGGUUGGGGAUCCGUACAACAAGAGCCCGCGUUCGGCGGUCCUGCCGACAACACCAGCAUCAAGUCGAAAGUCAUCAACCUGAUCGCUUCAGUCCGCACCCUCAUGAGGAUACCGCUGAUUGUCAUCAACACGCUGAUCAUCGUCUACGAGCUUAUACUGGGAUGA